AGUUAUAAAGGAUGCAAAGAACAAAACUGACAGACCUGUGCAGAUAAAUAAUAAAGUUGAUGCUAUGGUUAGAAACCAGACAGUAGUUAUAAUAGAAGAAAAUGGCUAUUAUGAUUUACAAACCAAAGUCAAGGCAAAGAAAAAGAAAAAGAAGCGUUUGGUAAAUGGAGAGGGUUCACAUCAGAGAGAUUCAAUGAAGAAAAAUGCUUCCAAAUUGAAGAAAAAAGGUUGUACAAACCUUCCUAUUGUUAUAGAAGGCAGUUCAGAUUCAGAAUUAUUAAAAGAAACUGAUGAAAUGCCUAAGAAGCUCAAGAGAAAAGGAACACAAAUAUUUUCUUGUGAUCAAGAUGGUGAUUGUGAGAUUUCUAGUAAAGAGCUGCCAAUAGAACAGCAGGAAGCCCUUUUUUUCAUUAGUAAGAAACGCAAAAGGGAUAUUCCAGACAGUGAUGGAGUUGGUGAUGGAUUUCCUGCAAAGAAAAAGAAGAAAAAGAAAAACCACAAAUCUGCUCACUGUGUAAUACAACUUAGUGGAGAAGAUGAGGAUGAGUCUGUAAAACACAUCUCCAAAAAACAAAAAACCAUUUCCCAGGAGCCAAUGUUUCAUGACGGAAAAAAGAUUCAGCCUGUUGUCCGAAAUGCUGCAGGUGACAGGGAUAUUGUCAAGAGAAAAAAAGUUUGCUGUUUAAAAGAAAAAGGUAUUGCCAACACGGUACACCAGUUAGAAGAAGACUUUGGUUGCAAGAGGAGAGCUCUUGGUUUUCAACAGCAUUUAGAGGGCACAGCCAACUUAUCAGAAGAAAGCAAAGUAAUGAAGAAGAGGAAGAAGAAGGGGAAGGAAAAGAAAAGAAAGCAACUUCUUCUGACAUCAGAGGAUAACCAGGAAAAUCAGUCUGGUGUUUCUUUUGAAAGCCAACCAAAACAAAAAUCUAAAAGAAAGCCAAGUGAUGGCAAGGAGAAAACAGGUCUGAUCUCAAACUCAGAACAAGACAGCAAAGUGAAGAAGAAGAAAAUGAAGAAGAGAAAAACCCAAACCAAAGUUGUAAGCGAUCAUCCAGCUCUCUUGGAGGAUGAUGGAGAUGUGGCUACAAAUGAGAGCUGGUCAGCAACAAAGAGGAUGAAGAACUCCCCCAAAUCCAAAAAAGCGCAAGACCAUGUAGUGAGCUGGGAAGAUGGCAGAUCUGAAAAUAACAGCAGGCAGCACAUCAAGAAGAAAAAGAAGGACCAGGAGAACAGAGGCUCCAAAGCCUGUGGAGAAGAGCCCAGUUUCAAGAAGGCAAAGAUUAAACCAGAAGCAAAGGAAGAUGAUGAAGAAAUAAAAGUGGUGGCAUUUAAGGAAGGAAACUGUGACGAAAUACAAAUAGACAAGUUGAGACGGCAGGCUCUCCAAGAAGAGAUUGACAGGGAAUCUGGCAAAAUGAAGACUGUCAAGGAAGAGGGAGAAUCGGAUGCCCAUUUUGGCCAGUGGACCACAGCGACCUUUGAAACUUCAGAGCAAAAGAACAAGUUCCUCCGGCUGCUGGGUGGAUUUAAGAAGGGUUCUGUGCCAGUCCAAGGUCCUCCAGCACAUGCCUCCAAGCUGAACAUGGCUCUGGACAAGAGCAAAGAGCAGAACUUGCAGCAGAAGCUACAGACUGAAUUUGAGAAGGCGUUAGCUUGGAAGCACCACAGAGGCAUCGGCCUUGGAUUUCAGCCUCCCAUUCAGAAGCAGGUGCAUAUAGAUAAAUUUGCAUCAAGAUCUAUAAAAUUUGAAGACUGAGCUAUCAGGGAGGCUUUCCUAAAUCAUG